AACUGAAUCAAGAUGUCAACAAUAAAAACCAGAACAACAUUUUCAUUUGCGAAGUACAUGAAGGAGUUAGGCAUCAUGAUGAUUGGUGGCACGUUAGCAUUUACUGGAUUUGAGACAAUAUCAGGAGGGGAAAAAUUUUAUAAAGAAGUGUUGAUGCCCUCUUUACAAAUGCUAGAUGCAGAGACAGCACACAGAUUUGCUGUGAAGGCUGCUAAGUACAAGAUGGUACCCAGACAAUGGACUCCAGAUCCACCCUCCCUUAGCACAACCGUGUUUGGUCGAAAGUUCAAAAACCCUGUAGGACUGGCAGCAGGAUUUGACAAGGAUGGAGAGGCAGUAGAAGGGCUCUUGGCUAUAGGCUUUGGCUUUGUGGAGGUUGGAAGUGUCACACCGCAGCCACAGCCUGGUAACCCACCGCCCCGUGUUUUCCGUCUGCGGGAAGACAAUGCAAUUAUCAAUAGAUACGGGUUCAACAGUGAGGGGCAUGCAGCAGUGCUACAGAGACGAGUUCAGGACAGGGAGAGACCAGGAGCUAUGAAAGGAGUAGUCGGGGUUAAUCUGGGCAAAAAUAAGGAGUCGCCUUCACCUAUAGGGGAUUAUGUUGAAGGCGUGAAACAGUUUGGAGGUGUGUCAGACUAUCUUGUUGUUAACGUGUCUAGUCCUAACACACCAGGACUGCGAGAUAUGCAGGGCAGGGAGCGACUGGAAAAGCUUCUAGACCAAGUGGUUGCAGCAAGGGAUAAUCUAAAGCUUGACCAGAAACCACCUAUUCUCGUCAAGAUCGCACCAGACCUCACACAGAAGGACAAGGAGGAUGUGGCAGCAGUAGUGACAAAGCGGGAGGGCUUCAUAGAUGGUUUCAUAAUAAGUAACACAACAAUAUCUCGACCUUCUAGCUUACAAAGUGACCACAAGGUAGAAACAGGUGGACUUAGUGGGGCCCCUCUUCGGACACUAGCCACAGACACCAUAUCUGACAUGUACAGACUGACCAAAGGUAAAAUACCCAUUAUUGGUGUGGGAGGUAUCGCUUCCGGCCAAGAUGCUUAUAAUAAAAUCAAAGCAGGAGCUAGUCUGGUGCAGUUAUACAGUGCCUUAAUUUAUGGUGGGCCGCCAGUGGUCAGUAAGAUUAAGAGAGAACUUGGACAGCUACUGGAGGCUGAUGGUUUUUCUUCUGUAGCAGAGGCUGUUGGUGUUGAUCACAAAGCGACAUGAUGUUUAGUUUAUUUUACAAUGAUGUGCUCAAUAAAAAGAAAAUACAAAACUCA